AAAUAAAUAAAAUAAGCCGCUAGCGGGAGGAGCCCCCAGCGGUGGCUCCAGAAGCCCCCUAAAAGAAUAACUCACAAAAUGCUUUUCACAAUUGACAGCCCAAUGUAACCUCUCCCUAACUAUAUCUGUAAAGUAGAUCUUCCAUCGUCAUCAGGCGUCUCUCUCUCUCUCUCUCGCUGCGGGCCUUUAUUUUCCUAUAUAUUUCCGGAGAAAAAGCUCUGCAAACUGCAAAUAACCAUUCCAUGUUGUCGAUCCACUUUUAACAGUUUUCCCCCACUUCACAAUAGUCUACAUAAUCAUCGAAAGUUCCUCAAUUUCUCGAAUUCUAAAGGUAUCAGCAAUCUUACAUCAACAAAUCUUCUUCUUAGGUUUUUUUUGGUACCAGUCUUAGAUUUCAAGAAUGCCGAUUCCGGGAUCUUCAUCCACGACGCUGGAAACUGAAGGUCCUGAAGAGAGUCACAAGAAUUCCGAGCCCUUGAUUCCAGGGUUACCGGACGAGAUUGCCGAACUGUGCCUUUUUUUCCUUCCAUACCCGUACCAAGCUUUGGCACGAUCGGUUUCAUCUUCGUGGAAACGAGCCAUUACAGACGCUAGCUUUCUGAUCCACAAGACAGCCCUAUCACUUUCUCUGCCUUAUAUUUUCGUACUGGCGUUUCAAGAAUCGACGGCCAGUAUUCAAUGGCAGUCUCUGGACCCGCGAUCCAGACGUUGGUUUGCCUUACCUCCCAUGCCAUGUCCCAUCGCCGCGUGUCAAUCUGGGAUUGCGUGUGCUUCACUGCCACGUCAGGGGAAACUCUUCGUUUUGGGUGGUAAUGGUGUGCGGUCAGGCGCAGAAACUACCACGCAUACCACGUUUGUCUACUCUACAUCAACGAAUCAAUGGUCAGUAGCGUCGCCUUUGCCAUUCAAGGGAUCAUUUUUCGCGGCUGGGAGUAUUAAAGGAAAGAUCAUUGCCGUUGGAGACAGUGGGUCCAGCACCACAGAUCAAAUCACAGCCGCAGAGCGCUAUGAUCCAGAAAGCGACACGUGGACUGAGGCGGCCACGUUAGGCAUGGGAUUAGUGAGGCACGACUCCGCUGUGGUGGAGAACAGGUUGUACGUGACAGAAGGGUGGACGUGGCCAUUCAGAUACUCGCCCAGAGGUGGAGUUUACGAUCCAGAUGAGAAUAGGUGGUGGAUGAUGAGCAAAGGGAUGAGGGAAGGGUGGUCAGGGCUGAGUGUAGUACUGGGUGGGAGGCUGUUUGUGAUAUCAGAGUACGGAGAUUGUCCGAUGAAGGUGUACGUUCCGGAUGAUGACACGUGGAGGUAUGUGGGUGGCGAGAAGCUACCGCGAGAGGCAAUGAGGAGACCGUUCGCAGUGAAUGGGGUGGAGGGGAGUGUAUACGUGGUGUCGCGUGGAUUACACGUGGUGGUGGGGAAGGUGUUUGAAGGAAAUAAUAAGAAGUGGGAAUUCAGGGUGGAGUGGGAGGUAUUGGCGGCUCCAGAAACGUUUAACGGCUUUUCUCCUCUUAAUUGUCAGGUACUCUAUGGAUGAUAAACAUCAUCGGAUUCAUCAUAAUCACCAUUGAUGCUGUAUAUAAACAUGAUACAGUUCUACCUUUUUCUUUUUUUUCUUUUCCUUUUGUCUAUAUUGGGCACUUUAUCUUUCUACGUUUUCCAAA